CGUGCCCUCCAAAUCUGACUAAACCCUUUGUGCUUGUCUUCUUUCCCGUGCUCGCUCUGCUGUCUGUUCUCUCUCCUUCCCCUCUCCCAACCAUGCCUGUCCAAUUUCAGUUCCCAUGGCUCAAGAACCCCACCCCCACCGCCAGCACCUCCAACCCAAACCCUAACCCUAGCCCCCGCAUCCCAAACCCGUUCCAGCCCAUCCUAGCCCAGCUCAACUCCAUCAUCUCCUCCCUCCCCCGUGCCCUGCCGCCGCCGCCGCCCUGGGCCCGCAUCCCCGCCCCCUCCCCGUCUCCGGCCGCCUCCGCGGCAGCCCUCCCAGUCGCCGAGAUCGAGGAUCGGCUCGCCGGGGUGCCCGUGUACGCGCUCGCCAACGCCGCCCAGGAGUUCGUGCUCGUGUCGUCCACCCGCGCGGGACGGGAAGGCGGCGAGGGCGCGAGGCCGCCUCCGGCGCUCGGGCUGCUCUGCUUCCGGAGAGAGGACGCCGACGCGCUCCUCGCGCAGAUGGAGGGCGACAUGCGCGCCGGCUCUAGCGUCGUGCCCGUCGCGCUCAACAAGGUUAUCCAACUAAAGUCUGAUGGUGUGGCGUUUAGAUUCCUCCCUGAUUCAUCUCAGGUGGCAAAUGCAGUUAAGUUGAUGGAAGAUGAAGGGUUGUAUGCCAGAGAGGGAUUUCCAGGUGUUCCAGUUUUUCAGUCAAGGAGCUUGGUUCUGAUGAGUGAUAACAAGAGAUAUCGUCCAGUUUUCUUCAGAAAGGAGGACUUAGAUAACUCACUGUACCGGACCUCUCAUGAUCAACAAAAACCUAACCCUGCUGUUAGGAUUGGUGAUACUCAGGUUUCUUCUUUGGAAGAUAUCAUCAAAUCAAUGAAGGAUAGCUCCUCAUCAAAAUGGGAUGACGUUGUAUUUAUUCCUCCUGGAUUUGACCUUGCUACUGGCUCGCAGCCUUCUCACCUCAACAAGUAGAUCUUUCUGUAAAGGGUUGUUAGCAGCUCUUAUCUUAGAAAUACUACAUUACAUUUGAUGAUGUGGACACAUUGAGAGAGGUAGAAUAUAUAUUCAUUUCUUAGACAAAGUAUGUGCUUUAUGUCCGUUCAACUUGCAUUUCUUGUCCUUCCCUGUGUGCCUUCUCACCUCAACAAGUACAUCUUUCUGUAAUGCUGUAUGUUGUUUGACACUAGUUUGUGGAAGAGUAAAGUAGAAUGUGCUGACUUCCA